CUCUGACAACCCAAAUGGGAAACAAGCCAAACACAUGGCAGAUUAUUGAAACAUAAAUCCCGGUCUACAUUGUGGAGCUAGGAGCUGGAGACAAGGAGCCCCGUGCCGAUUGGUCUGAUGGGAGAGUGGAAAGGAGAGCGGCGCUAUAAAAGCAGAGUGAGAGCAGAGCGGCGAAGAGAGAGAGGACUGUAGCCUUCCUUCAGUCACAGCACGGAGAUACACACAGCGCAGCCAUGAGUGAGAGACAAGCAUCUGGAGGAACGACUGGAAACAGCAAACCAUCUGCUGGCCAAGGUCAACAAAAGGUUCCGUCUAAACAUGAGAAAAACAAGAACAACCUCCCCGAGGACUUUGACAUUGACAUGGACAACCCGGAGACGGAGAAGGCCGCCGUCGCCAUCCAGUCGCAGUUCAGGAAAUUCCAGAAAAAGAAGCAGGAUGUGAAGUCAUAGAGCGGCGCUGUCAGCUGCCACGCCGCUUGAUGUGGGCCUGGUCUUGCAUGUCAUCAAACUGCACCGUCAUGAACUGAAAAGGAAGGGUGGGAGUAGGUUGGGUGGGUGGUCUGGAGCUAAACAGUAUCUUUGUGAAAGUCUGUGUGUAAUAUUAAUAACCUAUGAUGAUAUAUACAAAAAUAUCAAACUAUGGGUGUAUGCAUCCUAUCAUCCUAUCAUUUUGCUGUUUGUAUAUUAUUUCAAUGAAACUUGUGUAGCUGCAGUAGAGCUUAAAGUUGUAAUAGUUUUUCUUAUGUCACAACCAGUGUAUUAUACCUAUGUUAAGUUAACAGCAAACUAAAAGAAGACUUAUCAUAAAUUGUCAAAAACUGAUUAUCUUUAAUUCAGGGGGAAUAUAAAGCCACGUGCAUUGCUGUGAUUGCUUGGGUCAUGAUUUCAUUGACAGUCUCAGCAAGGCGUCAUAAUAAAACGAUAUUGCAGCUCUACUGGAGCUCCGUUAAUGGCAUUUCCCUCUGGCUGGGUAAAAUGAUCCCACACAGUUGCCAGUUUUACACCAUAUGACUGAUGCUUUUCAAAUCCAAUCAAUGUCUAAUUUGUAUUGGGAUGCGGGGCGGCCUCCCCUCCAUCACGUGUGCUCACCUGAUGACACAGACCGCUCUGAGCUGAGACCGUCGAUGUUGUGCUUGUGAUUUGAUUCCCAUCACGUCUCUUUCCUUGUUCUUGUUCCAACGUGAUUUUAACAAUCACUGUUCAGUUGGCUCACACUUGUUAACUGUACUAGCACAUACACGUAUGCAUGCAAGCUUACACACACACACACACACACACACACAAACACAUUUACCAAAACAUUGUAAAUGGGUGCAAGUUGAUUUACUUUCUACCAAUUUGUUCCAGUUAGUGGAUGUGACUGAAAUGAAUCCUAUUGUCCAUUACAGUAUGUGCAGCAUGUGAAGUAGAUCAUAAUAAAAUGGAUUGAUUAAAAUCUAA